GUUCAUACGUUAACUUGUCGCUUUUCUUUCAAUUCGAAAUAAUUUUUCUCUGCAAAUUAAACCGACGCCGCCGGUUAUCACUCCUCCUCCUCCCCCUCUUCUUCUCCCUCGCUCAUGGAUUUCCCUCCAUUAUUGCCUCCUCGGCUUCUCCCUUUUGGCCUGCCAUCGCUAUCGCCCUUAAUUCCCGUCGCGAAUCUCGCCGCAAAUUGUGGAAAUCGGAGAGAUCGAGACAUAUAUAGCAUGACUACGGGAGAGACGACGGUUUCCGGCGGAGAGUCGGCAGUCGUCUCAGGCCGGCGAGUGGAUUUUGGCUCUCUAUGCGCGUUGGGGUUUGUCUUGAUCUGUGUAGUUUACGGUCAUGGAUACAAUAAACAUGACGUGGUGGGAGGAGUUGAGAUGGAGAGGCUACGCCCUGAGCGAGGACGGGUCUCGGUUCUGCCUAACGGAUCUGUCCACUGUGAACUCGUUUGGUAUAUGGGAGAGAUUCAAUUUCAAAGCUAUAGGAGCCGGGUUUUGGGAGUACCCUCUUCCAAAUCUCGAGAUUCUGGUCCUGUCAGUGUUCUUGCUCUGGCGGUUCUUUUACGUCUUGUGCAAGAAGUUGGGUUUCAGAAUACCCCAAUUCGCUUGCAUGAUGCUCGCGGGGCUUGUCCUAAGCCAAGCUUCAUACCUCAGCCAAGAUUCCUUGAUUCAUAGGAUCUUUUUACCUGAUGACUACAGACCGAAGAUCCCUGAGACCCUUGGGGCAUUUGGAUUUGUCCUCUAUUGGUUUCUGAAAGGUGUGACUAUGGACGCUGAGACGUUCACAAGGAUGGGAAAGAAAUCUACCCUGAUUGGGUUUACAACAAUGGCAGUGCCGUUGUUUUUUGGUUCCAUCCUUUUCAUAAUUAGAGAGAGAACAGGGAAAAUGAGGUUGACGGUGCUUGAAUACAGAGCAAUCGUAUUCAUGAAUAGCGUAUCACCCUUCACAAGCAUCGAUACGCUCUUGAGAGAUCUCAAGAUCAACCACUCAGAGUUUGGACGGAUUGCACUGUCUUCAGCAAUGGUGACUGACUUGGUGGCCUUUGUCGUUCAUUUCCUCUUCGUGUUAUUGUGGGGUAAGGCUUUGGGCAUUUUGCAGACGGUUGCUGCUUGUGUGUUCUUCGCCUCAAUGUUCUUCUUUGUAAAACCAGCUAUGUUCUGGGUAAUCAGACAGACACCAGAAGGACGACCCGUCAAAGAUUUCUACAUCUAUGCCAUUCUCUUGCUCGCCUUCUUAUCUUUUCAUUACUGGCACCAAUUGGGAGAGUUUGGCCCAGCCGGUUCAUUUGUUUUUGGUUGGGCAAUCCCGGACGGGCCUCCCUUGGGGUCUGCUUUGGUACACAGAUUCGAGAGCUUCAAUCUCGGCAUUAUCUUGCCGCUCUUUGGAUCGCUCACUGCUAUGCAGGUAGAUUUACAGUGGUUAAUAGGGGAGAUCAAGAAUUUUACGCAUAUGGAGGGUCGAGUUUACGAGGCCAUUUCCAUGAUUUUGCUCUUGUCUGCUACGAAAUUCAUUACCUCCAUAAUAGUUGCAUUUGCUACGAGAAUGCCUUUGAGAGACUCCAUUAUUUUGGCCCUUGCUCUGAGUAACAAGGGAUUUUUCGAGCUUGCCUUCUUCACAUCCUCUGUUGAACUAAAGGUUUUGCACCCAGAGAUCUUCACAAUCUCGGCCACAGCUAUUCUCCUGAACUCUCUGUUUAUACCAUUCGCCAUUGAACUCUUGCAUGACCCGUCAAAAAAAUUCCGCUCUUAUGGUAGAAGAAACCUAGUGAACCUGAAAGAUGACUCGGAACUCCAGACCCUCGUGUGCAUUCACAAGCCUGAUCACAUAACAUCCAUGAUCAAUCUCCUUGAAGCUUUUCAGCCAUCACAGCAUUCACCAGUGGCAUGCUAUGUCCUUCACCUCAUCGAGCUCGUGGGUCGGGCAACUCCUAACUUCAUCUCCCACCAGGUCCAGAAACCGGCGGUCGGAAGCCAGUCUUGUUCCGACAAUGUCAUCGCCUCUUUCAAAUGUUUCAACCAGAAAUUCUCUGAUUCGACGUCUCUGUACAUGUUCACUUCUCUCUCCAUUGCCAAACACAUGCAUGAGGACAUUUGCUGGCUUGCCCUGGCCAAGAGCUUGUCCUUAAUCCUUCUUCCUUUUCACCGUACAUGGUCUGUUGACCGGUCAGCCAUCGUAUCUGAUGACGUUACCAUGAGGAAUGUCAACCGUAACAUCUUGAGACGAGCCCCUUGUUCGGUUGGAAUCCUCGUCUACCGUAAGCCCAUCUGGAACCCACAAAUGACGGAUUCCCAUUGCAAGGUCUGCUUGAUAUUCGUGGGCGGAAAAGACGACAUGGAAGCCCUAGCGUUAGCCAACCGAAUGAGGCGUAUGAACAAAGAGAUAAGCCUGACUUUCCUCCGAUUUAUCCCCGAGUCUUCGCUGUCGGAAUCCAUGGGGAAUAUGCAGGAUCUCAUGGAUCGGAAGGAGAUCAUGGAAAUGAACAUUGAUGGUUCAAAAGUGGGUAACAAUCAUCCAGUAACGUACAUCGACAGAGAGGUAUCAGAUGGGUUGGAAACGUCGGUGAUCCUACGCUCGAUGGCCCACGGCUACGACUUGUUUAUAGUCGGAAGAAGCAGUGGAGGAGACUGUGUCGUAACGAGAGGGAUCAGUGAAUGGACUGAGUUCGAGGAAUUAGGAACCGUUGGAGAUUUGUUAGCUUCCAAGGACUUUCCUACUAGGGCUUCUGUGUUGGUGGUGCAACAUCAAGAUUUCACAGAUGACAGAUACUAAAAAAAGCCCUUGCGUUUUUUUUUUUACUUUACUGUUUGUUCUUAAUGAUUAUAUUUUUGUGUUUUUAGAUUAGAAUUAGGUGUAGUUAUGGGGUUUUAAUCUUUGUAUUUGCAGAUUAAGUUCUCAUCUCAUGUAAACAUAUACAUGCGUUACUUGUUGGAUAAGUUAACUUUUGAUGACGUC